GAGGGGAUUAGGCGCACGAUAGGGACCUAGUCGUUUUCCUAGCAGCCAGCGCACACGCCGUAAGAAUAACCGGAGCGGAUUGGAAAAGGAAAAGACGGGCCGAAAGAAAGAAAGAAAGAAAUAAAGGAAGGAAAGAGGAGGCCGCAUAAGAACGAAUGGUUUGUUUAUGUCGGGAUACCCUUUUGUACGAAAGAAGAAAGGAAUCGUAUCAAGUAACAGGAUUGGAGUGGCGUUCAUAGACGGAGAAAUAUCCACAUCGAGUUAGCGGAAUGUGCAAUUAAGAAGAACCGAUCCGGACUUAUUUAAGGCUCUUCCGUGGAUUUAAAAAAUGUGUCUGAAAGAAUCCUUCCAGUUACACGACGAAUGACGGCAAUUUGUGCAUAAUCGCACGCUGGUAUUAUAACGAUGGUCUUUUUUUCUGCCCGAUAUUAAGUAAUCAGCUGUGAGUAUAUAUAGAAAGAUUUACUGAAGGACAGACAAAUGUUCUCGCAAAUGUGAUACGUCUUGCAGCUCCCUUUUGGAAGACAACGAAAUAGUUCCAUUUUUUUUACAUAAUAAAACUUCCUAUAGGCUACCUAAUAUAUAGUUAAAUGUGCAAUACAGUAGGCUAUGUUACCCGAUGUAGGAAGUAUAUGUAAUACUUACGUUUUUACCCCCGCGAAUUUAUAUUAAAAAAAAAUUUCGCCUGAAUUCAAUAAGGCCCAUAUCGGUAAUUAACAUAACGUCGCCGACCUGGCAUUUUAAAUUCGAUUCUGGUGUCACAAUAUUCUGAUGCCUUGUUAUUUUUAGGGUCAUGUAUUUUUGCGUUGCUAGCCGGCCUGUCGCUACACAUUUUGUUUAAUCACGCAAUCAGAGCCAUAAGCAAUCACGCACAUUGCUGAUCAAUUCAUUGCAAGUUUUCCUGCUAUUUAUGUUUUUCAGUCUCCACGCCUUGGAAUUACGGCUUUCAUGGUGCUAAAUAUUUUUCAUUAUCAUUCCGUUUUUGUCGCGUAAAGGGAAGGCUACUUGUACUGAGAUUAGAUAGCGUUCAAGGCAGGACUUCCAUACAAAGGGGCAAGGAGGCAACGGGAAAGGUUGAGAAUAUACAGAUCUGCAGCACACUAUCGUUCAAUGUUAAUGUCGACCGACGUUGCAUCAAUUCUUUUACCUGUAUCCCGGGGGAUAAUGGACCGGGAAAGGGACGUUGACAAUGAAAACCCGGCCGGAGGAUCAGCAUCUGUAAGAGGUAUGAAAAGAGGGGAUCCGGAGCCUGACGGACAAACGACCGCAGUAUCUCUGCCAGAACUGGCCGGGGCUGAAUGCAAGCGACCAAGGAUAGACGGGUCGGGGACUGUCGCUGAGAUCGGACAGAACAAUGACCCCUUGACUCCUGGUUUCCAUGGAUACCCACCUCACAGUCAGGGUUCUCAAGAAUCAGCGGGAGGUCAGGAGGGAUUGCUGCCUCCACCCUUUUCCGCGUUCCCUCCCCCAUCUCAGAAUGGCCUGGGGGCUGAAUACGGAAGCAGCCUAUUUGGAUCGACGGGGCAGGCCCCCUCGGAGGCCGGGGCAAACAGCUCAGCUGCUGUCCCUAAUACCCUGAGUGCCCCGGCAGAUGGCGCAGCACCUGCAGAGGGAGUGGGCCUCUGCCCGGGUGGAAGCGGUGGCGCGGUGGGGGCUGAUACUUUGGAGGGCAAAUGCACCCCCAAACGACUGCACGUCUCCAACAUCCCCUUCCGUUUCAGAGACCCGGACCUGAGGCAGAUGUUUGGGCAAUUUGGAAAGAUUCUCGAUGUCGAGAUCAUCUUCAAUGAAAGGGGGUCAAAGGGUUUUGGCUUCGUGACGUUCGAGAGCAGCGCCGAUGCGGAAAAAGCCAGGGACAGGCUUCACGGUACUCUUGUCGAGGGACGCAAGAUCGAGGUGAACAACGCCACGGCCAGGGUGAUGACCAACAAGAAGAUGGUCAGCCCGUACCCCAACGGGGAGGCGCUCACCUCCUUGCCUUAUGCAGCAGGGUGGAAGUUGAGCCCCAUGGUGGGGGCCGUGUAUGGGCCGGAGCUCUACGCAGUUCCUGGCUUCCCCUAUCCUGCAGCGGCAGCGGCGGCGGCAUCUACGGCUGCGGCUGCCUUCCGCGGGGCGCACCUGCGAGGGCGGGGCCGCCCCGUCUACAGCGCCGUGAGGGCCGCCGUGCCCCAGCCUGCCAUACCGACCUACCCCGGUGUGGUGUAUCAAGAUGGGUUUUAUGGCACCGCAGACAUAUACGGAGGGUAUGCCGCAUAUCGCUAUGCGCAGCCGGCCGCUGUAACUGGGGCGACAGCUGCUGCAGCUGCUGCGGCUGCCUACAGUGACAGCUACGGCCGGGUGUACACUGCGGACCCGUACCAUGCCCUGGCGCCGGCCGCUGCUGCCGCCUAUGGCGUGGGAGCCAUGGCCAGUCUGUACCGGGGUGGAUACAGCAGAUUUGCGCCAUACUAAAUGGCUUCCAUUUUCAUGGACCACUCUUGGCCCCCUCCCUCGCCCACUCCCCUGACCCUGAUUUCAUAUGCUUCAUUUGGAAACCUGCGUUCCACAGACAUCGUAAAGAUGACCGCCCAUCAGUCAGCUGACACCCUGUUACCUUGGCUUCACGGCAGCCAAUCAGAGGUCGGCCCCAAAUGCAUUCAAAGACAACGGCGAUUUAAACGGCGAAGCCGUCGCCACGGCUGAGCAGAGGAGGAACAGCCCGUCCGCGUGGAAACAGCGUGGUGAAUGAAAGGCGUGCGAUGGCCUAACAUGGACCUCAGAGCGGACAGCUGCAGCUUCACCCUCGACUCCCCACCCGGCUGAAGAAUCACACCCAGCGACAGUACAGAGAAAACAGACCCCAAUCCCACCGAGACGCAGAGGCGCGGAGAAACAUUUUUUGUUCGUUUUUUUUUUUGUUUGUUCUUUUAACUGAGGACCACAGAGGGAUGGUGGAAGCUUCAAGCUCACUACAAAGUGUUAAGGUCCGUGGUGUUGAGGUCUCAACACCCGGAACCCAGGUGGAAACAAACUGCAAUGUGGAAGGAGGACAGACAGAGCGAGAGAGAGAGAAUGAGAGAGAGAGAGAGAGAUCCAGCCCCCCCAGACGUCAAAUGACACCACCACUGAUGCAACACUAUGUGUGUGUGUGUGUGUGUGUGUGUGUGUGUGGGUGUGUCCGUCCACUGCCGUUUCUUAAAGGAGUAGCUCUGAGACUCUCCAGGUCUGCGCUGACUGGGGGGUGGCGGACAGAUGGGCUCUGCCUGCAUUUCACUGGCAGCCAGACGUGUUGAAGGCCAGUCCUGCUCCUCCUGUGUGGGUUUUUUUGUUUUAAAUCCUCAUUACCUCAGUUAUGUGUUUUUUUUGUUUUUUUUUUUUUGUAUCUGGAAUAUGUCACAAAAAACAGAACAACAGUACUAAUAAUAAUGUAAAAAUGUGUAAAUGGGAUUGCUUGACAGCCUAGAAUUGAUUAUUAUUAUUAUUAUUAUUAUUGUACUAUCAAGUUAAUGGUCUCUGAUCAUCAUUAUUGUUUAUCAUUGCUGGUUGAGUAUUACCAUUAACUGCCAUUUAAUUGCAUCUACAGAAGCAUCUGACCUACAUUUACAAAUGCUGAUUUAUUUUUUUUUCCUGACUAGGCUCCUUAGGAAAGGAGAGAAGGGGUUCUAAAAUGGGGGGGGGGGGGGGGCGACAGUGUGCUGUCGUCAGUAGUAUGGCCCCCCCAGAUCUGGCUGGCCUUGGGUGACCGAAUGAGUGCAUUGGCUGCCGAUGAGAAGAUAACCACAGGUAGUCAGAACUGGCUUGAACUCAUUAUGGAUUAUAAUCAAACUCAGGGUAUUCGGGGGGGGGGGGGGGGGGGUGUUUGAGUAUGUCAUUGAGUGACACUAAGCCGGUGUCCCUUCUCUUGGCAGUGGAGCACUCCCAUACACAUACAGUUUAAGAUAUCACCUUCUGCUUUCUGAUGAUGCAGUGAGAUAUGUAUGGAAGUCACUGCAUUCUGCUUACAGUGCUGUGGGAAAGGCACCCAUAGACAGACAUGUAUAAAUAGCUUUUGUCAUAGUGCUGUUCUGUAUAACCUCAUAUAUUCAGAGUAUGGUAUCUUUUAAUUUCUUUGAUUCCAAAGAUUCCCUCUGGAAGCACAUUUUGGUCGUAUUUCUCAUGAUUGCUGUUUUUAGCUGUUCUAUUUACGUAUAGCUUAAAAUUAUCUUUUUUUAUAGAGAAAAGUGAGAUCCGCCCUUUUUAUGUAUUAUGUACUGAAAUGGGUAAUUCAAACACCAGUUUUUAAAACCAUGCUUUUCCGAUACCGAACGGUUGGGUUUUUAGCGACCGUAACAACUUUUAGCGGUCAUUUAUUUAUACCUGCAGCGUAAUGCGUGUUACAACGCGAAGAUUAAACGGUUUUAAACACUAGAAUGCAAGUUGCUUGCUAUUUGAAAACGAAGGAAAGUCUGUUCGGGCUUGAAGUUGGUGCAUUACGAUGUAUGUUUGAGUAGGAAAUGUUUAUAUAGGCCUAUGGCAUGAGAUUGUGAUGGAAAGACAGCAGGGAAUGGACGGGACGGUAAUACGUAAGUAAUAAAUGUUGGCAUUGGAUCGGGAGCGACUGUUCUAAGUCAUUUCACAGUUUAAUAUAUUUACGUAGGUAUGUGGGGGGUUUAAAUAGAUUUAGCAGCCUCUUCAGGGGAGAUGGUGUUUUGUGAAACGAUGUUGGGACUGAGCCAUAUUUCAAGGAGUCGCUUGGAGACACGUUUUAUUUUCUCGGGUUGAAUUUGUUUUUUUAACUGGGGGAGGGGGAGGUUUUAACAGGUGCGUGUUAAGACACUUAAAUGACUGAACAAUGAUGGACACUAGUGCGGAGUUUUUGCGCGGUGGUGUUUUUUUUAUAUAGGUAUUCAUGGGGGCAUGAGACUGCGCGCCGCUUGCGGGGCGGCGGUGUGAUCGAGCGUCUUCCUCCGGCUCCUCGAGCGUCACGCUCCAUCCCCCUACCGGAUGGAUAUGUGUCAUAAAUGAAGAUCAGUCGGCGGUUAUCAGCUGUCAUUUUUACAUGUAGUCAUGACAAUUUUGUGUAAUUUUACCACAACGCUUUUCCUGUUUUGUUAAUACGAAAUUGCGAAGGCGGUUUAAAUAUUACCUUGUGUUAAAGUAAUUUCGAGAGCUGCAGUUUCAUUUUUUAAUGUGGUGCGGGGGGACGUGUCUGUUAAGCCUUUGAAUAGUAUGUCAGUGUUAAAUAUCAUCUGGACACCCAAUAUCCAGCGCUGAAACUGGAUCCGAGCACCUGGCCGUGUGUGACAGCGGAUAAGUGCACAGCUCCCUCCCAGUCGCACUGCUGGACAGUUCGGAUCGCACCGAUUAGGAAUGAUAUUGUUCGGAAACGCUCAAGGGGCAGUAAAACCACCCCCAUCCAGAGCAACCCAGACGGCGACUUUUUAAACGCCAGACCUGCGGGGGUCCGUCCUGCUUGGUCGGGCGCUUAGGGGUCUGCGAUGACCCCCAGUCAUACUCUUACGUACUUUUGUUGAACAGUUUUUCAUUGCUCCAGCCUGUCCCACGGAUUUGCAAUGAAACUGACAGUGUAUUUUUGUUUUAUUAUUAUUAUAAUAAUUAUUAUUCUCCUUAUUCCCAUGCGCCAUGUAUGCGUUGUUUUCUGUGUUUAUUGAAUGUGUAUAUAUAUAUAAACAGUUUGUUUGGUUUUU